UUCUGUUUUGGAAUGGAUUUAUCGUAGCUCUCUUCAGAUAACCAGGAUGAGAUGGAUGCUGGCCGCAAUAUUAUUGUGGAUUUUUCAGGACCAUUGUCAGUGUUACCCAUCAAUGCAGUUCCCAAUAUUUGAAAGCGAUGAUCAAGAAUAUGAUGCACAAGAAAUCGUCUACCCAAAGCUCAUCACACCUGUAUCUUUGCACGAAACCAUUCUGAAAUCGAACGAAACCCCAGUGGCUGUAAUAAAAACGUUGAAGCAUACUUUCUAUAUCAAGCUGCAACCCAACUCAGACCUUUUGCGGCAGAAUACAGCAUCCAGGAACAGUUCAACCAAUGGGUCAUGUCAUUAUUAUGGAACUGUCUUGUCCCACCAUCAAGGUCGCGCUGCUUUAUCAAUGUGUGGAAGUGGACUCAAAAUGAGUGGAGUCAUCAUGUUGGAGAACGACACAUACGUCGUUCGCCCGCUGGAAGGUGACAAGAGCACAUUUCCUGGGAGCCAUGCGAACAGUACUUAUGCGGAUAAUGCUCAUGUUCUUAGAAAAAUGGAAACCCCUACAGCCUCUCAUUGUGGAGUGAAUCAUGAAAAUGUUCUCAAUCAUGGAGACGAAAAUUACCUCAGCAAGAAGGAAAUGCGAUUUCGCAGAUCAGAAACUUCCGCCCGAAAAACAAUCGAAAUAGCAGUCUUUGUGGACAACAAACUGUACGAUAAGUUCAUCGAAGAGAGGAAGCAACCAGUGUCUCAAUUAAAAGACACCGUGUUGGCUAUACUCAACGAAGUUGAGCUCAUUUACAAUUAUCAGUCACUCAAGACUAAAUUCAAACUAGUAGUUGUCAAGCUGGAAAUUCUUGCUUUCAGCAAAGACACUCCAGAUCCUGCAGAUGGGAAUAUUGACGUGUAUCUGGACAACUUUUGUUUGUGGCAGUCGACAAAGAAUCCCCCAGAAUCCUCCUCUCAGCAUUGGGACCACGCUAUAAUGAUGACAGGAUAUGAUCUUCAUAAAGUGAUACAUGGCAAUGAAAAAAAUCCAAAAGUUUUAGGACUUGCUUGGGUGAGUGGAAUGUGCAGACCAAAGCACAGCUGCACGCUGAACGAAGGAUCGAGCUUCGAAGCUGCUUUUGUAAUAGCCCAUGAAAUGGGUCACAGUUUAGGCAUGAUGCACGACGGCAGGGGGAAUAACUGUGACCCAUCGGCAUUUCUCAUGGCAGAGAAGACAGGACCGGGCAGGACCACGUGGUCUUCUUGCAGCAACGACUAUCUGGAUAAAUUCUUCGAGCGGGGCCGUGGACAUUGUCUGGAAGAAGACAACUCCUUUGCCCUCCCAGAUGCGGAUGAAAAAUUUACAGAAAAAUUGCCAGGACAAAGGUUUAACCUGGAGUACCAAUGCAAACUAUCAUUGGGCGAAGAAUUCAAACCUCAUAUAGUUCCUAAGGCUCCCUUCAACAAUGUCUGCAGGGAGCUGUGGUGUGUAUCUGGUCUUUGGGCGUCUGUUGCUCAUCCUGCUUUGGAAGGAAGCACUUGUGGACAAGGAAAGCAAUGCAUUCAAGGAGCCUGUACUGUUGUAGCAAAAUCGGCAGCCCUCGCAUCGAAUAAAGAAGUUGUGGACGACAUGAAAAGUGCCGUUGCGGAAUUUCUGGAGAAGCUCUCAAAAAGUUUCCAUCUUCUUCUCAGUUAAACAUCCCAU